GUAAAUAGCCACAUUGAAAACGAGCAACGGGACAUAAAACAGAGUACGUCUGUGUUCUGAAUCCCUCCUUCCCGUAAAAACCACUCCGGUCCGGUCAUUCAAUCAAACGUGCCAACCCUGCUCGGACUCCACAACAAACCGAUCCACGCUGAGUGUUUUCACCAUUUUCAGUUUCAUUUCUGCAGCGUGGCGGAAAAGGGUCCCUGUGCACACUGUGUGGAUGUGCGUAGAAGCAGCGGUGCAGCAAUCCUGCUGUUGAGAGCAUAAAGCCUAAAUAUGGUGAGGCUGGAGCUGGAUCAGGUGGUGAUGAGGAGGAUGAAGGAGGACGACAUAGAGAUAGUCAAAGCCCUCAUCAAGGAGGGCUGCGAGGGCACAGAAAACCGUCUCAUCCUCCACAUCCUCACUCGUCCGCUCUGCCUCUUCAUCUUGGCUGUCUUCUCCUCGAUCCUGCGCUGCCUUGUUCAUUCCUUCAUCCUGGCCCUCGCUAUUCCUGUCUUCCUGCUAAUUAUCUUUCUCAAGAUCACCAUGCCGCGGUCCACAGGGGUCCUGGGCAGCAGCCGUCCCUCUUGGGACUAUGUGGGUAGCAGUUACAGAGGGACAGAGGAGGAGACGCUGCAGAAUCCCUACUGUAGGAUCAGUGGCAAGACACCAGGGUCUAAAAAGCCAAGGCGCAGAAUCACACCCAAAGACAAAGAAUUGUCAACAGAGAACGUCACUCCAGAGAGGGAGCAGGAAGCAGGCCAGGUCUGGGUGGCAGAGUGUGACGGUGAGAUAAUCGGCUGCGUCUUCAGGGAAAGCGAGAAGCGAGCGGGCAUCAGGAGGAUCUGCAGGGUGGUGACGGGCUGCUGGUACCGCAGGGAGGGUCUCGGCCGGCUGCUCGUCCAGAGCCUGGAGCAGAGGGAGAGGGAGGCUGGCGCACACAGAGUGUAUGCACACGUCCCCUACCCCUCCAAAGUUGGGGAGGCCUUUUUCAGGAAGCUGGGCUAUCGGCAAUUAGGGGAGGAGAAUGAUGAAGAAGAAGAUGAUAAAGAGAGGAAGAUGGAGACUCCAGAGCGAGGCUUUCUUGGACACCCUCUCACUAAAGUGUUUUACAAGGACUUGUGAUUGAGAGAUGGUGGACUCUUGGAGAGGAGGAAGUGGCUAAGGUGAAGAAGCCAUAACAUAUAACUGUGGAAAGUGUCAUUGCUGCAGUGUGUUUGGAUGUUUGAUAAUUUAUUGAAUAUUUGUGUUAUUUAUGCCAAUAUUUAUUUACUCUAUGUGUUGCCGUUAUGUUUGUUUUAAAGCUGGGGUAGGCUGAUUAAUUUUGGCAUCAUUGGACAAAAAUCUUAUAAUAAACUUUGAGCAUGUUGUCAUUAAA